AUGGCUUCAUCUCCAGCUCAGCUAGACUGUGGGAUCCACCUCGACGUGUCCCGGCUUGUUAUCAUGGGUCUCUACUUUGUCUUGUUCAUUCCUGCACUUCUACUGAACAUCAUGGCAGCUUGGAUCUCCUGGAAGCUGAAGAACAAGUCAUCCUUCAUCGUUUACCUGAAGAACCUUGUUGCUGCCGACCUUCUCAUGACCUUGAUUUUUCCUCUCAGAGCAGCAGAGGAGCUUCCUGGGUCGCCAUGGGGACUGCGGGUGUUUAACUGCCAGUUUGGCAGUGUGCUAUUCUACCUCUGCAUGUACGUCAGCAUUGUCCUGAUGGGAGUCAUCAGCUUGGACCGCUUCUUCAAGAUCGUCCAGCCAGGUGGGAAACUGUUUGGUCAAAGUGCCCUGGUUGGGAUGGGUGUCUCUGCAGUUGUUUGGAUAGCGAUUCUCAGCACAAGCACCAUACCUACAAUGGUUCUCACCAGUGAGCAACCAAAGCACAACCUCACGUCUCCAGCUGAGCUCUGUAUGGCUAUGAAAAGUGACCUUGGGAAACUGUACCACACAGCCGUGAUACUACUCUGCAAUGUGAUCUUCUUCAUCAUCUUGGUCGUCAUCUUUUGUUGUUACGUGUGUAUUGCAAAGAAGGUCGUUAAGUCAUAUCGUAACUCGAGGAGCACAAAUGCCAGAAGGAAAUGGAGGGUUAAAGCCCACGUGUUCAUCGUUCUGCUCGUGUUCCUGGUGUGUUUUGCUCCCUACCACAUCACACGCUUCCUUUACUCUCCAAAGCAGGUGGAGAAUGAGAUCAACUGCCCCUGGGCAUCUCUGAGAGUGGCUAAAGACAUCACCCUGUGGCUGGCCACCACCAAUGUCUGUCUGGACCCCCUCAUCUAUUUCUUGUUGUGCAAAGCCUUUCGGGAGAAGUUGUAUGAACUCAAGAUAUUUGGGGACCGCUUUUCCUUGACAAAGCAGCAAACAGAGGAGGUCACUUCUAAUUGA